AACGCGUGCCCUCAAACCUUGUGAGGGGGGGUGUGAUCGUCUAUGCCGUUCUCUCAACUGUGUGCCUUCGGCGGACAUUCAUCUCUGGUCACCAAAAUGGUUUUUCUCACCUAGGAAAAGUAUAAGUAGUGUAUACCAUCAUUUCUCGUCAAUUCGUCCUCCAAAUCAUGUCUAUCGAUCCCGCUGACAUAUCAUACGUACAAAUAUUUCCUCCCAUAGGCAUUGCUCGCCUUGGAGACUCUGGGUUCGAUUUGAGCACCGGAAACCCAGAUGGCGACAUCGAGUGGUUCCUCCCUUCUGAGAUUCCUGGCACUGAAGAUAUGCCAACUAGUCUCAAUGGCCAGUUUAGAGAUGGCAAACACCGCAUCAAACGUCAGGCUGUUCAAUUCCGUGUCUAUGCCUAUCGCGAGGAUGGCACUAUACUUGGAGAAAUUACUUCAGGAAACACCUCGGGGUACAAUAUCAAUUGGACUGUCCAUGUUGCUAAUCACAAAGGCACAUGGUACGAGUUCUCAGGCGAAUACAGGCCGAAGCCGAAUGGGCUUAGGAAUCCUGAUGUGCAACCUUCGUUGAGCCCCGAGAAGCGGUCAGACUUGAUCGUCGAUUCUAAAGUUCAACCAAUAUCGGGCACUUGCUCGCGGGUAGAACUGAAAGGGUCUUUCCAUGGUUCUCAAUCUGAUGCGGUAGACGCGGGGCCGGUUACUCGCGUUCCGUGGCAAAUCCUGCCUGAACCGCACUUCCAACCUGACAUUAUUUCGGAAUUUGAUAGCAUUGACUGGGUCGACGACACCUGCGACGGCUGGGUUGAUGUCCAAGUUGAAUAUGGGGACUACAAAUUCCCUGCUCAACAUAAGUCGACUGUCAUGAGUGCACCUCCGAAGUUUGCAUGGGGUAUCAAGUCGCCCACAACGUUGUACGACCUCCUUGAAAAUAUCUAUAACGAUCGCAUGGGCUGGAAGGAUCACGAUGGAACAGAAUUCUAUCAGGAUAUAUGGCCUGUCAUGCAUGGCUCUUAUGCACUUUCCUGGGUUAACCGUGAAGCGUACGAAGGCCAUGGUGUUUCGGCGAAGGGAAACUUCUUGACCAUGGAAAAAGACCUAGCAACACCAGGGGCCGCGAAUCUAGACAUUCGACUGCUCCGUGAACACAUUUUUAGUCGUCUGAGACUUCCAAACUACCAAGAUCCCGAUCAAUCUUUCACUAAGUAUAUGCCUCGGCUCUCGGGUAACGACGGCGAUGCACUUGAGCCUGGUGACGCCAUGCGCCCAGGUGACCCCAUAAAGCGGUUCGCAUCCUUGACGGAGCUACAGUACCAGCGGUUCCUCCAAUGGAAGCUCGGAAAGUUCCUCGCAAGUGAUGCGCCGUGGAGUCAAUAUACGGAGUUUGAGAAAGUUCCCCUGGCUCUGCAACCAUCAUUCUUGACGCGUGCAGCUCUCGAGCACACAGUGGGAGAACCGCUCUACCCAGGAAUCGAAGUGCACUGGACUGCGAGGAAUCCAGAGAUGUAUGUUUACGACACUUCCCAACAGAACAAUGAUCCUCCCUUCCGCUUCAAUCAUAAGGUAGUCCAGCCGGGCUAUAUCGGACGCGGUCUGAGUCUGCCGUGGCAGAGCGACUUCGACCAGUGCAAUACUCAUUGGUGGCCCUCUGCUCGUCCUGAUGACGUCAUCAACAUCCGUGACUUUGGGUCGGGGGACAUUAUUCCUGUGGACGACUUUAUCAGAAAUAUCGCUCCCAAAAUGAGAAAGUGGACCCGCGGUAUUCGAGAGACUCCAGACUAUCCUAGCGAGUAUUACCCGGGAAGUACAGACAUGAUUCGUCACUGGCAGAAGCUCGGAUUCGUGGCCAAAAUUCCUAUCGCGAUUGGAGAAUCUAAGCUGCCGGUUUGGGUGGAGAACGAGCGCAUGCCCAUUGAUGGCCCACUGAAAUAUACGUUCGAAUUUCCCUCCGCUUCACAAGCUUGAGUAUCCAAACUUGUAUCAUCUACUUGCCAAUGUACUUUAGUGAGAAUUCGACAAGGUUGACUCUUC